GGAUUGGCCCCACCUCCACACCCCCACCAUCCAUCCCACCUUCUCAUCAUUUCUCAAACAAGUUAACUACUUAACCCCGCUCUCCAAGAGGAAAGAACACUUCCUAUUAACCAAAACCAAAUUCUCUCCCUCUCUCCAAUCUAACCAUUUUCCCAUCCUUUCCCUCCAAACUCCCGAUUCAAAGAAUCAAAAAAAUCACAACAGCCAUGGCUUCUCCAACCCUCAAACUCAAUUCCGGCCAUGAAAUGCCUCAAGUCGGUUUCGGCUUGUGGAAAGUCGACAAUGCCACUUGCGCCGAUACAGUCUACAACGCCAUCAAAACCGGAUAUCGACUAUUCGACGGUGCAUGCGACUACGGCAACGAAGUCGAAGCCGGGCAAGGAGUCGCACGCGCCAUCAAAGAAGGCCUCGUAAAACGCGAAGACCUCUUCAUCGUAUCCAAGCUCUGGAAUUCCUUCCACGACGGCGACCGCGUGGGACCCAUCACACGCAAACAGCUGGCCGAUUGGGGUAUUGAUUAUUUCGAUCUCUUUAUUGUGCAUUUCCCGGUUGCGCUGCGCUAUGUGGAUCCUGCGGUGCGUUAUCCGCCCGGAUGGCAGUACAGCGACAAGGAGGGCGAUGUGCAACAGUCCAAAGCUAGUAUUCAGGAAACCUGGCAGGCGAUGGAGAAAUUGGUGGAUGAGGGUUUGGCAAAGAGUAUUGGAGUCAGCAAUUUCCAGGGUGCGUUGUUGAUUGAUUUGUUGAGAUAUGCAAGAAUUAGACCGGCGACGUUGCAGAUUGAGCAUCAUCCAUAUUUGGUGCAGAAUACUUUGUUGAAGUUGGCGGAGAGUGAGGGAAUUAAGGUUACUGCUUACUCAUCAUUUGGUCCACAAUCAUUCAUCGAGCUUGGAUGGGAUCACGCUCAAAAUACACCCCCUCUUUUCGAGCAUCCAGAUAUCCUGAAGAUUGCCGAGAAGACCAAGAAGACUCCUGCUCAAGUUUUAUUACGCUGGGCAACCCAACGCGGUCUCGCCGUCAUCCCCAAGUCCAACAACCAAUCCCGUCUAGAGCAAAACUUACACGUCACGGAUUUCGAUUUGGAGAAGGAAGAUUUAAAUGCCAUUACUAAAUUGGACCGAAAUUUGAGAUUCAAUAACCCUACCGAUUAUCUCGGAACAUUACACAUUUUCGCAUAAGCAAGAUAAAUAUGAUAAAGGUUGAUAUGGCAAACUUUGCUGCGCUUUCGAUCGCUUCAUUUCUUGCGAUAGUAUCUAGAUAGUUGAAGCGUUGAACAAAAGCAAUUGUUCCACCCA